AUGGGGACGCUACCGCGUCCACCACCGCGACGGCCUGACCGAAAGCCGGGUCCCCCCCAGCGCAUCGGGUUCGUCCCUGCCGAGGUCGACCAAUUGCUGCCGCCCCUGUUCCGCCUGGAUGCCAACACGUUCGACCGGGGCUUCGUGGUGGACGAGACCAUGGACGGUGUGUCGCCCGUGGACAGCGGGUUCACCUCCAGCAUCCGGCCGCGUCGCUACCUGCUCCACGUACCCGAGGCCGUCCAGCUCAUGCUCGAAGACCCGGCCAACAAGGAGAGGGUGCCGCUCGUCCUCGUCUUCCACGGCAUGAGCAGUGACAUACUGUACGAGGCGGGGCAUGUGAUCGACACGAAUCGCAUCUACGCCAUCGGCCUCUCCAACGGCGGGAUGUUCCUCACCACGCUCCUGCUCGACCCCCGCUUCCGAUUCUCCGCAAGCUGCGUCUACAUGGGCGGAUACGUGAAGGGGCACAACCCGUCGGCCAAUAGGGACCAUACCCUUACGCCUGUGCUCCUCAUCACCGGGUCCGAGGACAAAAUGCUGCCGUACUCGCGCGACGCCGAGCUGGUGUUCCGUGUUGCCGGCCACCCCGUCGAGUUCGACGAAGUGGCGGGGAUGGAGCACGAGUACCGCACGGAGCAUGAAGAGCGCAUAUGGGAGUUCUUCGCCAAGCACAGCCUGAAGCAGGAAUAG